AUGCAGAAGAACAUCUCGGCGUAUGAGAAACCAGCCAACUAUGGGGACUCUACGGACGGUGAAGUCCGGCCCAUCCAGCCGUCAACCGCUGUUAUCGUCGGCCACGACAACACCAUCGUAUCGCAUUUCGCGUCCGGUCAGAUGCUGCUAUACGCAGACAUCGAUGGCACGAAACUCCCCGAGUCGGAGCAGAUCCAAGCCGAGCCAGACACCAUCUACGACAUGGCCAGCCUCACCAAGAUCUUCACCACGAUAGCAGCCUUGCGCCAGCUCGACGCAGGCACUGUCGCCCUCGACGCACCCGUCGCCUCCUACCUGCCGGGUUUUGCAGCAAACGGCAAGGAAGACAUCACCCUCCAGAUGCUUCUCACUCACACGUCGGGCUUUCCCGCCGACCCAGAUCCCCCGCUGUACGACAAAGCAUACAAGACGGUUGAGGACCGCAAGGCUGCCGUGGUCAAUCACACCCUGACUGACACCCCGGGGUCGACAUUCCUCUACUCAGACCUCAACUUCAUGACGGUCGGCAUUCUCCUUGAAACUGUGACUAGCAAAGGUCUCGACGAGCUCGUCAACGAGUAUACCGCCCCGCUGGGCAUGCGCGACACCUUCUUCAACCGAGGUAACGUCGAGGGCUCCGCCUUCGCUCCGUAUCCCCGGGUCGCGGCCCAGGAAUUCCAACCCGAUGACGUCAUGGGUCGCGCCCAGCCCGUCCGCGGCGUCGUCCACGAUGAGAACGCCUGGUCGCUGGAGGGCGUGUCGGGCCAUGCGGGCUUGUUUUCCACGGUCGCCGAUACGGCCAUCUUCUGCCAGAUGAUCCUGAAUGGUGGUUCGUAUGGGGGUUUCGAGGCGCUGAAGCCUGACACCGUUGAUCUGCUGUUUAAGAACUUUAAUGAGCGCUUUGAAGGCGAUGAGCAUGGGUUGGGUUUCGAGCUCAAUCAGUACUAUACUGCUGGUCCGAUGGCUAGUUUGGAGACGGCGAGUCAUACAGGCUUCACCGGCACGACGCUCGUUAUCGACCGCCCGACAAACACGUUCUUCCUGCUAUUCGCAAACCGUGUCCAUCCAGACCGAAAUUGGUCAUCGAACAAUAUUGCCCGAAAGGCGCUGGGCUACUGGGUUGCCAAGGCACUGGGGAGAAAGGUAGAUUUUCCAUCUAUGUAA